ACCGUCGGUGCGAGGGCUCCCCAUCAAAUUCCUCGUGGCGUAUUUUAGCAUGUAUAAAAUAUUAGACUACGCAAUAGCUCUCUUCCGACGCAGCACCAACUCCCGUUCGAUCGCCAUUGGAUCGCCUUGACCGAGUCUCUCUCUCUCUUUAAAAGACGUUCUGAAAUCAGCUCCUCCUCUCUCCCCUCUCUCCUUUUCCUUCCGAAAAUACCCUAGGAGAGAGAGAGAGAGAUGUGGGUCUUCUACCUGAUAUCGCUUCCCCUGACGCUAGGCAUGGUCAUGAUCACGCUCAGGUAUUUUGCGGGCCCCGACGUCCCUCGCUACGUCCUCUUCACCGUCGGAUACACAUGGUUCUGCUCUCUCUCCAUCAUCAUCCUCGUCCCCGCUGACAUAUGGACUACAAUCAUACAUCACGAGAAGGGAGGCAUUGCUUUCUUCUGGAGCUGGUCAUAUUGGAGUACUUUUGCACUUACAUGGGCUGUGGUGCCCACUAUUCAGGGUUAUGAAGAUGCUGGGGAUUUCACAGUGACGGAAAGAUUGAAGACCAGUAUACGUGCAAACUUAGUCUUCUAUCUAUGCGUGGGAUCUAUUGGACUUUUUGGACUUAUUCUCCUUAUUAUUAUGCGGAGAAAUGGGGGUAUAAGUGUUGUGGGCUUGGCCAUGGCUUGCUCAAAUACUUUUGGACUCGUUACAGGCGCAUUUCUUCUUGGAUUUGGUUUGAGCGAAAUUCCGAAGAGCAUCUGGAGAAAUGCAGAUUGGAGCAACCGCCAAAAAAGUCUUUCUCAUAGGGUUGCUAAAAUGGCCGUGAAACUUGAUGAUGCUCAUCAGGAAUUUUCAAAUGCAAUUGUAGUUGCUCAAGCAACAUCCAAUCAGAUGUCCAAGCGCGACCCUUUGAGACCUUACAUGGAUGUUAUUGACAAUAUGUUGCGUCAGAUGUUGAAGGAAGACCCAUCCUUCAAACCAUCAGGAGGCAGAUUGGGAGAAAACGAUAUGGAUUAUGAUACAGAUGAGAAAUCAAUGGCUACCCUUAGACGUCAACUUAGGAGAGCUCGAGAAGAGUACUACCGAUACAAAAGUGAAUAUAUGACCUAUGUCAUGGAGGCUCUUGAGCUGGAAGAUACUAUUCAAAAUUAUGAGCGUUGCAAUUUAACCGGAUGGAAAUAUGUUUCAAGUUUCAGAGCUAGUCGAACUGGCACACUGGGUUCCUUUUUUGAUACGAUUGAGUUGGUCUGGCGUUGCAUGCUCAGAAAACAGCUUGAGAAACUCUUGGCCAUCAUCCUUGGCUUGAUGUCAGCUGCAAUUCUUUUAGCAGAGGCCACUCUACUGCCAAGUGGAGUUGAUUUGUCUCUUUUCUCCAUUCUAAUUAAUGCUGUAGGAAAGCAAGAGAUGCUUGUGCAGAUUGCUUCCCUCGUUCCUCUGAUGUAUAUGUGCAUUGGCACAUAUUAUUCCUUGUUCAAGAUUGGAAUGCUGAUGUUUUACUCAUUCACUCCAAGACAGACAAACUCAGUCAGCUUGCUAAUGAUAUGCUCGAUGGUUGCACGAUAUGCGCCUCCAAUUUCUUACAACUUCCUUAAUCUCAUUCGCCUUGGCGGGGGUCUCAAAACCAUAUUUGAGAAGAGGAUGGGGAACAUUGAUGAUGCUGUCCCUUUUUUUGGCCGACGGUUCAACAAAAUUUAUCCGCUUAUUAUGGUUAUAUACACGCUGCUAGUUGCUAGCAAUUUCUUUGAUCGAGUAAUUGAUUUUUUUGGAAGCUGGAAAAGGUUCAGGUUCCAAAAUGAGGCCCAUGACAUGGAUGGUUUUGAUCCCUCAGGAAUAAUUAUUCUGAAGAAAGAGCGAUCUUGGCUUGAACAAGGGAGCAAAGUUGGGGAACAUGUUAUCCCAUUGGCAAGAAAUUUUAAUAACGCAAGCAUGGAUUUGGAAACUCCUGCCACAUCCCUAGACAUAGGUACUGCUGAAACGAAAGUGACAGCCAAUUUGUCGGAGGAGAGUCAGUUGAAGCUUUCAAACGAAGAGAACUGGAAAUAUGGUAACAGCAAAGAAACCAUUGUAAACAAGUACACUGCUAGGAGAGAACAGCAAGGCAGACAUAUAUCUGCCAGGGAAUCAGCAGAAAAGAGUAAUGUGUCAUCGACUUCAAUUACUUUACUUGAUGCAGGGAACUCCCAAAACCAGUAUAAUUCAGGUAACUCAAUGGAGGGCCCAUCCUCCAAAUUUUCAUCCACAUGGGAGUCAAUGAAAACAGGUUUCCAAAGCUUCAAGGCCAAUAUAGGGGCCAAGAAAUUCAUUCCUUUGUGCCAGGUGCAGGAAUCAAAUCUCAGUUCACGUGUCUCAUCCUCUGAAUCCCUGGAUGACAUAUUCCAGAGAUUAAAACUGCAUCCGAAUAGAGACCACAACAGGAAUUACAGUGAUGGCGAUGAUGAUGACAUUAGAAGUUCAGGUCCAACAAGAUAAUGCCUGCCAAGAAAGGAAGAUGAUCAAAGUUCUUCUAUGGGUUUCUUGGUUCUAGUCUCAGAUUUGGAUGGCCAUCUGACGGUUGUUUUUGGCCUCAUAAAAACCCACAAAAAAGAAAUGUACAGAUUCCAGAGUAGGGGCUGGGGCUGCUUGUGUUCUUUUGCAUUCAGCUUCCUGCUGCAGUGGGGGAGGUCUCUGUUAUACCAAAAUCUGUAUACAUAUAUUAGCAGCAGUUCGGAAGAGAAUAUACAAGAAGGGUCAAACACAUAGGUUCCUUUUUUUGAAGAAUUGUGGACCACAGCGUGAUGCAAAAACAAUUGUAACUGUCAUGGAAAUUUCUAUUUCCUAAAUUUGCCAAUGGCACUGAAUGAAUAGGUUUUCUCCCAAAAAUGAAGUUCUAUACAGUGAAAUUGUAGAAUGCACGUGUAAUGGAAUUACUCUCUUGCAAUUAUUUUUU